AAUCAAUCUUAAAUGAUAUUUUCUAUUUAAAAACUUUAAAUAUAAAAACUAUACAAACUAUUGAACCUAUUAUCAAAAAUGCAUUGCCCUCAAAUUACAAAUAUUUUAUAGAAUCUUUUGAACAAAUUUUGCUUCAUGAGUUUUUAGGUGCUUAUGAAAAUUCAUUUAUAACUGAGUUUUACAUAAGUAUUACUAAUAUUGAAGAUUCAAAAGUAUGGCUUCAGCAAUUUAUAGACUUACAUAAAGUAACGAUGCGAGAAACACAAGGACGCACCAUCAAAGGCAUUUGUUAUAUCCUCUCAAAACAGUUUUAUUGUAUUCACAGUCAUAUUGUAAAAUCAAAACAAGGAACAAAAUUAAAGAUUCAACUUCAAAAAAAUACUAGCUGCUAUUUAUGUGUUGUUUCUUUAAAUUUUCAUCAUAAUCAUCCUCUUAAAUCGAGCCAUGUUAUGAGUUUUCAUUCAGUUUCUGAUGAAACAAAAAGUGUGCUCUUUGAGCUUUUUGAUGCUGGACAUAAUCCUACUGACAGAGCAAUAAUUCCACAUAGAAAUGAUGUAUAUUAUCUUUAUCAAAAACAUCAUGAGCUAUGUAUAGGUAAUCAAAAUAGUGAAAGUAUGUUUGCUCAGUUGGAAGAAGAAAUGCAACCAUAUGUUGUUUCAGAAAAAGACAAACCUGGACAACUAUUUGUUCUUGUUAUUGUUAUGAAUCUUAUGAAACAUUGUUAUACAUUAAAAGAAGCAGGUGAGUUGGUUUAUAUGAAUAUGACUGCUGGGCUUGAUAUUCUUAAUACUCCUCUACUGAUUCUCUCAACAAGUACACCUGUUGGUGGCCUACCUCUUGCAGUAAUUAUUACAUCAGAUAAGACAGCAGAUACCUUUUCAAAGGCAUUAGAUGUAUUGAAACUCAUAAUUCAACCUAUAGAGUUUGGUGAACAUGAAUCUCUAAGUGGACCACAGGUAAUAAUAAUGGAUGAUUUGAUGUGGAGGUGGUUUUGGGAUGGCAAACAUAAUAUUCAUAAAAAUGACUGUGCAAUUCUAAUUGAACUUAUAAAACAAAUUGUUUUUUCAAAAACAAAAGUAGCACUUAAUCAAGAACUACUGAUCUGGGAUAAUAAUACCAACAAUUAUGCAGAAGCUGGAAUCAGUUUUGAAGGAUAUUAUCUUCAAUCAG